AUGCGUGCUACUUAUUCCAUAUUUAUCGCUCUCAGUGCGAUUAGUAUUCCGCUGUUAUGGUUUCCUAUGCUCCUAAACGGCACUCUUGACGAUAUAUCCGAGGCAAUAGAGAACAAUGUCCUUCCAGAUGGCACUCCGCUAAAAACAAAGUAUUCUGGAGUAUCAUUUUUUGACAAUAUUCUUUCCAUAUUGGUGGCUUUUUUUUACGCCCUCGCAAAUGGCUCGUAUCUAGGAGCCAGGUUGAUGUUGGCGGACUUGGGUGCGACUCUGCACGUCGCGUUGGGUUGGAUGGUGGUCGAAAGUAUCAGGAACGGUAAAAAGCCGUGGUAUUUGAGCUUACCGGGCCUUCUGGGAGUUUUAUGGAACGUAGCAGGGGCGGGUAUUGUCCUUCCGCUUUAUUGCUUGAUCCAUAUACAAACUCCUAUGAAUGACUAUAAAAUUUCUGUUUCCCAUUCAAUAUCUUUGAUACCAGCUAUGUUGGUCUCAUCGAUUCCAUUUUGCCUAAUGAUUAUUCCUCCCAAAGACGGAAACUACUCUGCCGACCAGCAUCAAAAUACUAUUGCUGUAUUUCAAUUUGCACCACUCAUCUGGAUGGCGGGACAAUACACAUUUUCGUUCCUGCUAUCGCCAUUCAGUAAAUUGGCAAAAUUGGGCCUUCAGAAUCGAUCAAGGACAGAAAUAUCACAUGCAAGGCCACGAAGAAGUGAGAUAUACAUUCAAGCCGCUCAGCUCUUCUUCGCCAUCUAUUCCGCACUCGUACAUUUAUUAUGCGUGUCUAUCUCAUUUUUCUCCUCCGAUCCUUCUGUGACAAUCCUUCGUGUCUUUAUACCCAACCCGAUCGGUGUCAACCGCGAAUCGCCGCAACGUCUCACGCAAGCUGCAAUCCUGUUCUUGCAGUAUGACUGGUUGGUUAUUUGCUUAACAGCCGUUCUUUAUUCCUAUCUCUUGCUUGAACCAGAGAUUUUAAGUACAUCUAAGCAAGCUCGGUGGAAGUCGACAAAAAGCCUUUUGGUCCGGCUUCUCACAUUUCUUCCGAUUUCGAAUUCUCUCUCCAGCAUUAUCGGCUUAGUGGCUUUCACAAUCCUCUUAGGACCAAGCACUGUUGUUAGUCUGGCUUUAUGGCAAUGCGAGGGACGACUUUUUCCUGGUCCUGGCGUUGUUGAACCUGAAGGUCGGUCUAUAAUAAAGCGCGACUGA